AUGGAAAUAAGUGGCUCUGUGGAAUACAAUGUUGUUCAAUAUUGCUUUCCUUCAAACAAUGUAUCCUGUCCUAAAGAGAUGCGAUCUAAAUCUGGAUAUAUUAUUUUGUACAUUUUCUUUGCAGCACUCUCAGUGUGUACUGUGUUUCUUAAUCUGCUGGUGAUUAUCUCCAUCUCUCACUUCAAGCAGCUUCACACUCCAACCAACCUGCUCAUCCUCUCUCUGGCUGUGGCAGACUUCGUUGUUGGGUUUAUUGUGAUGCCAAUUGAAAGCAUCAGAUUAAUUGAAAACUGCUGGUAUUUUGGUGUAAUGUUUUGUUCAUUGUUUCCAUUUAUUCUUUACAUAGUUAUCUCUGCCUCACUUGGUAAUUUGGUUUUCAUAUCAAUUGACAGGUACAUAGCUGUACAUGAUCCGUUAAGGUAUCCUUCUAAGGUAACAAUCCAAAAAACGAUGUUCUGUAUAUUCCUCAGUUGGUUUUGCUCUAUAGUAUAUGCUGUGAUAAGUUUAUAUGAUCAUUUGGGUCACCCUGUUGUUCACAGUUCAUGCUAUGGGCAUUGCACAGUUGUCACAGACUACACCUUAGCUAUCACUGAUGUCAUAAUUACCUUUCUUAGUCCAUGCACUGCCAUGAUUGCUUUGUAUGUCAGAAUCUUUAACACAGCCAGAAAGCAAAUUAAGCUCAUCAGUGCUGCAACUGCUCCUAACAUACACCAGCAUACCAUGGUUGUGGUGGAAAAGAAAUCAGAGCACAAGGCUGCAAAGACUCUAGGGAUUGUGGUUGUCAUGUAUUUACUUUGCUGGAUUCCAUAUUACAUUUGUAUCCUCACAGAGAGCAGUGUCUCCACAUCAUCAGUCAUGCUCAAUAUAUUCAGCUGGUUUAUGUACAUUAAUUCUUGUAUAAAUCCUGUAAUUUACGCUCUCUUUUAUCCAUGGUUCAAAACAUCAGUGCAACACAUCUUGACCCUUAAAAUACUAGACACAUCUUCAUCUCUUAAGAACUUGUUUCCAGAGAAUCAAUAG